AUGGCGCCGGCGGCAAGCGACGUCUUGAAGAAAUCAGCGUUCCGGUGCCUCGGCGCGGCGCGCUACGUGGUGGCCGCCGCGGUGACCGUGCUCAUGGUCGCGGUCAUCAUGUAUGCCGUCAAGGUGGUCCACCGCCCCGAUGACCUCACCCUCUGGAUCGUCGGCGGCUCCGUGUCCGUGCAGCGAAGCCACAACCUGACCAGGCCGUUCAACUACAGCGUCGGCGGCGACAAUCUGACCUUCACAUACACCGUGAGGGCCGUCAACCCCAGCAGCCGCGUCCGCAUCUACUACACCGAUCUCAUCGUCUAUCUCCGCGGCAGGAACUCGUCGUCGGAGAUGCACAGUUUCUUGGCGCUAAUAUUCCCGAACAUGACAGUGGAGCACCAAUCCAGGGCCGACACGUCAGUGCUGGUGAGGACCAAUGUGCGUGUACCGUCCCAGGGGUUCUACUUCCAGGCGCUAGCCAACGGCGGCAGCAUCGCUGACGUGUCGCUCAAGCUCAACGGCACCCGCGUCGUCCAGAAUAUUUUCACCGAGCACAACAUGACCAGCGAGCAAGCCGUCUACUACUGCACGCCCAUCACCUUUGGCGGAGGCAAGUACGAAGACGGUGACGCCGGGGUCGAUGUACCGUGCACAGAGGAUGCCCCGACUACCAUUCUUGAUGAUCCCCUGCCUGUUAGCCAAUUGAAUUGA